GUUAGUUGAAAGAUCGGCAGCGAUAUGACAACUCUGCAGCAGCCAGACGGACCUCGAUAUGCAAGCGUGAGCGAGCAGCUCUUGGAAAUGAGCCUGAAUAAGUCGACGUCGGGGAAGCUAGACCGACAUGCACUGGAGAAGCGACUCAUGGAGCUGCAAGGGGACGUGUCUCGACUCGUGUCCAAGUUGUCCACUCGGGCCAAAGACGACUCAGCUUCCCAUCACUCGUCAAUGUCCAAACUGUCGAGUCGACUCAAAGACGUUCCGGCCACUGUAGACGUUCAAAGAAGCGUCCGUACCGCAACCGUCCCCACAAAGCUCGUCAAAUCUCGUUCGCUUACGAGCACUUUUAAGCCAAAGACGACCCAGAAGCAACAACCACAUGCGACGAAACCAUCCAAGUCGACGAUCCCUGGCAGCCGCAUGGGCAACCUCAUUCGACUCCAAAGCGAUUUGCAUGCUGCCAACAUUGCCAACGACCAACUUCGCUUCGAUUUGGACCAGCUGCGGCGAACUGUCGACGCCCAUACCGCCAAACUUCGCGACUACGCAACGUUGCAGACGUCGUUCCAUCAGCUCAAAGCGCACUGCGCAUCGCUUCAGCAGUCGCUCGACCUGUCGGAAACCAUUCGCCACCGGCAAAAGAAAAUCAUCGCCGAUUUAAAGGCCCACGGGAUGACCCCUACUACUACUACUACUAGCACUCUUCAUUCAGACAACAGCAACAAUGAGCAACUGAACGACGAAGAUGAGCCGAUGCAGGGGGGGUGGCCCCAGUACACUAGCAUGGCGCGAUCCCCAGCAAAUGGACGCCUGCCGCCGCCGCCGCCGAUUCCAUUGGUGACGAGCCACCGCGUCAAGAAGAAGGCGGCGAAGAAAGCGCGAAAUCAAACGGUCAAUCACCAUGUCACAUGCUCCCAAGGUAUACGUCGUGCAACCAAUAGCAACAACAACAACAGCAGCUUCUUGGCUCCUACCCAAGCCAGCCAGCAGCGUCUUGCCGACACAAAGCAGUUCAAACAGCUGCAAAAGAGGCAGCGAUAACAUGGUUGAAUCCGAUGGAUUUCUAUUCUGAUGUUACUUUUUUGAGGCGUCGACCGAUGCGCUUCACUUCCGCGACCAUCACAUCAGGCAGGUUUCCAUGGUACUUGAUGGCAACUCGGAUCGUUUUCGAUAAAAACUGAGCGUCCGUCUCAGCUCGCACCAGUUGG